UAAGAAACUUGUAGUCUCUAGCCAGAUUGUAAAGUAAAGUCAAGAAAAAUUUUUGCUGGGUUACAUAAUUUUCAUUCCUAUCUGCAAAAAUGGCAUUCAACUUGGGCAGAAUGUUGUCGGUGCCUGUCAAGAGGUUGCUGGUUGGGACCCAAAUCCUCAACAAACCCGCCGCGAACUUGGUCAGGGCUUUCAGCACAGGAAUGCAGUUGAGGGCUCCUGUGAUUCAAAAGCCAGCCCCAGACUUCAAAGGAGUUGCGGUUGUAAAUGGAGACUUCAAGGACAUCAAGCUGUCUGAUUUCAAAGGGAAAUACCUAGUGCUCUUCUUCUACCCUCUGGACUUCACGUUUGUCUGCCCGACCGAAAUCAUUGCCUUCAGCGAGAGAAUCAAAGAAUUCCAAGCCCUGAAUACCAAGGUUGUCGGUGUUUCCACUGACUCGCACUUCUCGCAUCUGGCUUGGAUUAACACGCCCAGGAAGGACGGUGGACUCGGAGGUCUGAAUUACCCACUUCUUGCCGACUUGAGCCACAAAAUCAGCUCUGAAUACGGAGUGCUAAUCGAAGGCGAAGGAAUUUCUCUCAGAGGUCUCUUUAUCAUCGAUCCUAAAGGCACCCUGAGGCAGAUCACCGUCAACGACCUUCCAGUUGGCCGAAGCGUUGAUGAGACGCUCAGGUUGAUCAAAGCCUUCCAAUUUGUUGAGAAACACGGAGAAGUUUGUCCUGCAAACUGGACUCCCGAGUCUCCCACCAUCAAGCCUGAUCCAAAGGGUUCCAAGGAAUACUUCAACAAAGUGAACUGAGGUGAUUUUUCUAUUAAUAUAUUUUCAGUUGUACAAAUGAUUAAACGCAUUUUUCCUGUUAUAA